AAGCACGUACUUAGUUUUUUAAUCAGGAAAACGGAUAACGAUCGGAUCGCCAGGUGGUCAAGGGGAAUAGACGCAUAUUUCACGAAAUCAGCAUCCGAUAAUUGUACGCCCGUAAUUCUAAGCGAUUUUUUUUUUAAUGAGGAAACUCAACGUCGCGUUCUCUGGUAUUAAAUCAGGACGUAAAUGUUAAUUAGAAUCGUUGCCUUGAAAGGCUUAAAUUCAGUGAAGUUUGAGCUGGGGUUCGUAAGGCAGAGUUCCGAAAGAAGAGAAAAGCACAAGAGCCGGGGGUAGUACGUAUACACGUGAAUUCCUGUUCUAGAAUGUUCAACAAAGAGAAAAAUUCGUCUCGUGGUCUCACAGUCUCCUGUACGUCCGUAACAGAAAAAUUGGUUACCAAGUGAAGAUAAGUGUACGGAAACAAAGGCGAUAUAAAUUGGUGAUUAAAUUCUCAACAGUUUUCCACAAGCUGAUAGAAUUUUCCAUUGAAGAUAGGAAAGGAAAAUUUUUAAGAUAAUGGACGGAGACGAAGAUAAACGUUGGGGUAGUUUCCAGUUUGCCCUAACAAUCCUGAAACGUGGUAAUUUCUUCAGAAUUCCACGGUCGGAUGAAAUGCUGGAUUUCGGUGAGAGAGACAGAGAGAGAGAGAGAAUGAGAGAAAGAGAGAGAGGGGUAGCAGCAUAUCCAAUGGGAUUCGUUCGAGGGGAGCGUGAGGCAAAGAAGAGAGGGAGGUAUGACUCGUUUCGAAAAUCGGCUUUCGUCUCGCACACACGAAUGUUGUCUCUCAGUAGCUUUCAAACGCGGUCGUGACACGGAACCGGUCGGUCUCUUCUCGCAUCCGCUUCACGUUCACCUUUUCCACACGGGAUUUAUUGAAAACAAGGGAACCGUUUGCAUAACGAAGUGCGAUUACCAAAUUUUUAUUUUAUCAUGACCAGGGAAAAGCCACAGGGUUUGAAUGGGCGAUUAGCAUUUGCUAUUGCAGCUGCUGCACUCGGAUCAUCAUUUCAACAUGGGUACAACACCGGUGUCGUUAAUGCACCUCAGCAGCUUAUCGAGGACUGGAUCAGUAACUUGAAAAUGAACCGAACCGGUGUACCGACGAAACAAUCGGAAGUUACGAUGAUAUGGUCGAUAGCUGUGUCGAUAUUCUGCGUGGGUGGCAUGAUCGGUGGUUCGCUGGUCGGGUGGAUAGCCGAUCGUUUCGGCAGGAAAGGCGGUUUGCUGUUGAACAACGUCUUGGUGUUAGCCACGGUGAUCUUCGAGGGCUUCGCGAAAACGGCCAACAGCUACGAGAUGAUAAUCAUCGGCAGAUUUAUUAUCGGUAUAAACGCAGGGUUGAACGCUGGACUGGCACCCAUGUACUUAGCAGAGAUAUCACCGAUCCAUCUGCGAGGCGCUGUUGGUACGGUUUAUCAGCUAGUCAUCACUAUGUCGAUUCUGGUAUCGCAGAUCCUUGGAUUAGAACAAAUUCUGGGAACGAGCGAACAGUGGCCGCUUCUUUUAUGCUUGACGAUCGUACCUGCCAUCUUCCAAGUCAUCACCCUUCCUCUGUGUCCCGAGAGUCCAAAGUAUUUAUUGCUGGGCAGAGGGAAGGAUAUGGAAGCUCAAAGAGCUCUGUCCUGGUUGCGCGGCACAAUCGAAGUUCACGACGAGAUGGAGGAAAUGAGAACGGAAUAUGAAUCGGUGAAGCUCGUGCCAAAGGUCACGCUGAAAGAACUAUUUGUAAAUCCUACUCUAAGAAUUCCAUUGACGAUCGCGAUCAUGGUCAUGUUCGCGCAACAAUUGUCUGGUAUAAACGCCGUCAUGUUCUUCUCGACGAAGAUCUUCACGAUGGCGCAGCUGGAUAAAAACGCCGCUCAAAACGCGACGAUGGGCGUCGGCGCGAUGAACGUCCUUAUGACAUUUAUCUCGUUGAUACUCGUUGAGAAAGCUGGAAGAAAGACGUUGUUGUUGAUCGGUUUCGGUGGAAUGUUCAUCGACACCGUUCUCCUCGCGAUUUGUCUCGCUUUCGCUGACACGUCUAGUACAGCAGCGUACUUCUCCAUCGUAUUGGUGAUCAUGUUCGUAGUUCUGUUCGCAACCGGGCCAGGUAGCAUUCCCUGGUUCCUGGUGUCCGAGUUGUUCAAUCAAUCGGCGAGACCCGCGGCCACGUCCGUUGCCAUCGCGGUCAACUGGACAGCGAAUUUCAUCGUCAGCAUCGGAUUUCUACCUCUCCAAGAGGCGAUGGGCGCUUACGUAUUCAUUGUUUUCGCCAUGAUACAGGCGUUCUUCGUCUUCUUCAUUUACAAGAAGGUGCCCGAGACGAAGAACAAAACGAUGGAGGAGAUUAGUAGUAUGUUCCGACAGAUAUCGUACCAGUAAGAAAUUUCUUCUAUCUCGUGUUAAGAAAUUAAUUACAAACAUAUUUUUAAAACGAAUGAGCGUUCCCAAAGAUGAAUGAAUCGAACGCGGAUAUUUUUUAAACAAUUACGAGACUCGCAGCGAUUAAAUGUAUUUUUUUAAAGUAGCUUAUCGCCGCCGCGUUUCCGUCGGGAGACAAUACAAAUUUUCGAUCGAUCGCGUUAGUUCAAACGAUUUUAACUUUCUGACACUUGAAGAGAAUCUCCAACAAACCGUAUACGUUUUCUUUUCGAAUGAAUUUUCGUUUUAUUUCGGACACUGUCGGACCGCUCAAAUUUUUCAACAAGUUUGAUUUCUCAAUUGAACUUAACCGUAGUUCCUAUCAUUACCGGCACAGUACACUUAUCGCGGAGGGAAAGUAUCAGAUUAACGAUUGAUCAAAGCCGAUGGUACAAGCUGUUUAUUUUUUAACAAGCUCGCUCUUCCUUUUAUUUUCUCUAGACAACUUUGAACGGAAUUAAUAACAUUAUAACAUACUCAAAAUAUAUUUAAUCUUAGGGGAAGGCAAGGCUCAACCUUAGUUGAAUGGAUAUCUUAUUUAUAAACUGUAGACCCUUGAUCAGAGAUCAAAGAGGUUGCAAUAUCGGUGAGGAAAAUUAUUGAUGAAUAAAUGCACGAGGGAAUAAAAUAUGUUAACUCGCAGUUCCUUGAGAGUGGCGUUGAAAAAAAUAUACGUAUUCGUUUUUUUAUGCUUACAAGUUAUUCAGCUUGAGAAAAAGUGGGUUUAAUUACAUCGUGAAUUAAUAUUAUCACUCUAGUCAUAAACAGCGGUAUUUGCAUGAAUUUCAAAUCUAGAAUUUUUCAACGUCGCACCUGUUUUGUAGAAAUAUCUCGCAUUUUCGUUUCGAACAAAUAUUCUAUUCAACUGUCUAACUUUCCCGAAAAUAGGAAUUAUUUUUUUCGCAUCGAAUUGAUUUCAAAUAUUUAUGAAUCUACGUGUAUACCUGAUACGGGAGAAAUAUGGGAUAGGAGCUUGUUGGAAUUCAUGAGAUCCAUUCUCGGGAAAAUUUUACUAUUUCAUAACGUAUGUUCUUUUUUUAAUCGUCGCCUCGAAGUUUCCUUUCGUCAUGUUCGUGUGUCUGUACACAUGUCUGUGCGAACGAUACGCUUUACAUGAGGCAGAGAUGUUGAAACGAGGAAAGGGAUGAAAAGUACUGUAAUAAUUGUACAUAGAAAUAUACAUAUAUAAGAUAGCAUCGAAUAGCGUAGUUAAAAAACUAUAUUUAUAAUUGCAUGUAACUAGUGAAUGUUCAAAUCUGUAUAUCAGCGUUGUUAUAUUUAUUAGGUAAUUUAAUUAAUGUAAUAGGAACGGUAACCGAAAAACGUUACGUUGAAUGUAUAGUCCUUAGAAAGAGAAUUAGAUGUUGUGCCGUAGAUCAUGAGUCGAAAAUAGUAUACCGUUUUGUUUUUCAGAUUUAUGUACAUCCAUCCAUCCGUAUAAUACUCAAACCAUGACCAUUGUAUGCUUAACACUAAAUUCAUAUCCGAAAGUUCGUGUUUUCGCGAUGUGCCGGUGAAUGUUACAAAACGAAAUGGCAAAUUCACUAUCCAUUCAGCAAUUCGUAUUUUUUUCUCUUUCUUUAUUCUUCGACGCUCAAGCUGCGUAGGAACUCCGUAAAUGAAACUAAUAAACGACUCGUAUGAUACAAGUUUAAGGGACACUAAACUUGUAUCCGAUCGAUCUAACAGAUAAACCAUUAUACUUUUGUAUAUAGUUCUGUUUAUAGAAGUUUUUACGAGAAAAUCAAUUUUUGUAUCUCGAUCACGUUUUUUAGAUAUAUUUACAUAUUCAGUAAAUUAUAUUUACGACGUUGUUAUAUAAUACAUAUAUUCGAAGAACGUCAUAUCAAUGAGCGAACCAAUAUGAAAUGCAAAUCGAUUUGAACGAAGUAAUGAUUGGAAUAAUCGUGAGGUCAACUUACACGAUUAUUAAUUAUACUUGUAACUAUAUGUACGAGGCACACCGAGGCGCAUGGCUUUAUCAUUCUUUAAUAACAAUUUCGAUAUAGAUGUAAUAAUUAAUUAAUGCACACAGAACAGCGAAUAAUUAAUUUUAUUUACCUACUAACUGUACUACUGGAACAGAGUUAUUUUGUUCAGUUAAUAAAUAAGAAAUCCGUUUUAUUAUUUAUGACGUAGACGAUUAAUGUGAUUUGGUUCUCCGAUACGUAUGAGAGUGCAGUUUUAGUUAGUAGGUAUAAUUCAAUCAGAAUUCGCGAGAGGCAAUAAUAGCUACGAAUAGUUUAGCGUUGAUCGAAGGUUCUGUAAUCAAAAUUUAGCUUUAUAAAAGAGAAGGCACCCGAAUUAUACAAAAGCUGAAUACAACGCAACAUGUUUGUAA